AUGACCGGCCUCCAGACGCCCAGUGCCGUUAGCCCUGCCACCAACGGGAACAGGAAUGAAGAGACCGAUCCUAUGAGCCGGUUCUAUGCGGAGGUCUCCUCCAUCCAAGAUGGCUUAUCAGAGUUUGGCUCGAAUGUUUCACGCAUUGGCGAGCUACACUCGCGCUCGCUGAACAGCACCGACGAUAUUGCGAACCGUCGGACCUCCGCCGAGCUAGAGGAGCUCGUCGGCAAGACGCGCUCUCUCAGCAACGACCUCAAGGAUCGAAUACAGAGCCUGACACAGUACCCUGUCCCUCGACCACAGGAUGCGCGCAUCAGGAACAACCAGAUAGGACUGCUGCGCUCGAAAUUUGUAGAGAUACUACAAAAUUACCAACAGGUCGAACGAGACUACAGGGCGAGGUAUAAACAGCGAGUCGAACGACAAUUUAAGAUUGUCAAACCCGACGCAACGCCCGCGGAGGUUGAUGCUGUUGUUAACAACACGGAGGGUGGCGGUGACCAGAUCUUCGCUCAGGCUUUGUCGAAUUCGACACGAUAUGGCGAGUCGAGAGCAGCGUACCGGGAAGUGCAGGAUCGGCAUCAAGACAUCUUGAAGAUUGAGCGUACACUCGAGGAGCUUGCGCAGAUGUUCAACGACAUGAGCGUACUUGUGCAACAACAAGACGAGUCCAUCAACGCCAUAGACACGACCGCUGCAGAGGUUGAGGAAAACACUAAGAAAGGACUGGAACAGACGGAGAAGGCAGUGGUGCACGCACGGCGAGCACGGCGGAUGCGCUGGAUCUGCGCUAUCAUCGUGUUCAUCUGUCUUGCGGUCGUGGGCAUUGUCGUCGGUGUCGUCGUCAGCAACAACGUGAAGAAUAGUCAUAACUCAUGA